AUGUCGAAACUUGAUGAUUUUUUCAAAUCUAUUGAUGAGCUUCGAAUAUUAGAACCGUCGUAUUUUCAACCGAAACUCUAUGGUACCAAAGAAGUCAAUAAAAGCCGUUUCUCAUUAGAAAGCUUCCUCCAGGUAGAAUUUUUCUUCAGUAGCAUAAAUCCAUUAUCCUGAAAGCGGUAUUUAAAAAAUACAGAAUUUCAGAAAACCCCAGCCGCCCUUGUCGAAGAAGGAUGUCAAGCGGUUUAUCAAACCAAACUUGACUGGAUAAUGACUGCCGAAAAUGUUAUCGGCAAUGUGUGUAAGCUCUUAGAAUUGGACCAUCUAAGAAUUUUCUCAGGAAACUCAGUUCGAAAUGACGGGCAAAAUGAUGUCCAUUGUUGCGAAAGGGGUCGGCUCGAAUAAAAAGCAAGCCAAGCACCGGGCCGCGAUUGAUUUCUUGUACAAAGUCGUCGAGAACGGUCGUCACAAGGAAUUUUUGAUUCCAGGCGAUACGGAAGAAGAAGCCAAGGCCAAUAUGUAUGGAUUAUUAUUGAAGAUUUUCAUAAGGACUUUUUCCACAGAGCCAAGUUGAUCGAACCAUCUGCGAUGCUCCCAGAACAAAAGUCAAGCUCGGCGGUCGAAGAAAAAACCGUCGGACCCAUUUCAGCGACUUCGAUUCCUCCUGAAGAAGCGAAUAAGAAUUGGGUUGGCGAUGUCCAAGAAUUGUAAUUUUCCAACAGUUUUCUCAGAAGAAGAGGAUUUUUCAGAUGUCAAAAGAAUAAAAUAUCGGUUAACUACGAGUUCACAGAAGAAGGCGUCAACGAGAAAAUUUUCAUCGCGCAGUGCACGGUUUCUAUUUAUUUACUGUUCCAUAGUAUCUUCCUGUUAUUAAAGGUGAACAAAUUGGUCACCGAAGGACGUGCGAAAACGAAGAAAACGGCCAAGACUAUUUCUGCAUAUUUGAUGUCGAAAAAAUUGAGAGACGAUCUGGAGUCCAUGGACAGAGACGCCCUUGACGAGAGCCCUGGUUAGAGUUUCGGAAUCACCUCGAAAAUCAGGUUUUUGUUUACAGAUGUUCUACCUGGUGCGGAAAAAUCGCAAGUUGACGUCGAGAAAACGGACGCCGUCAUUUCCACGCCAACAGACUACGAAGCCGCGUUGAGGUCCAUUCUGUCCGACACGACGAAAUUCGCCUCUUUCGACCUCGAUUAUUCUUUCUUGACAUCUAAGUCAACAAACGGUAGAGAAAGAUUCCAAAUUCAUUCUCAUGUCGUUUUUUUUCCAGAUACAACACAGUGUAUCCUGUGCGCCAAACUGGAAUUAACCCCACUUCCCGUCGAAGAAAAAUGAGGUUUUUUUUAUUUGAAAAAAAGUUAGGAAGGGUUAAUUUAUUUGAUUUAAUUUAAUUUAAUAUAUUGAUCAAAACAUAUGUUGGAGUCUUAAUAAAUAGGAAAUAAUACUGAAAACCUUCUUGAAAAAUUUUUUUCAUAGUUCUUAAAAAAAUUGCACCAGUUUUGAAUAGAGAAUAAUGACUGUGUAAAAGAAGGAUUUUUCGCGAUUUUGCCAUUUUCCGGAUUUUUUUUCUCGAAUUUUCAUAUUAACUUGAAGGAGCUCUCAUUUUUCAUAAUUUAUUGCUAUUUUUUUACUAAAAAAAUAAAGUUACGAGCUUGAUUUAAAAUACCUGAAAAAGAACUUUCUUUAACUGAUUUUUUUGCUUUUUUUAUGGUCUACGUAGAAAAAAAAGCCUUUUUAAAAUGUUUAAAAGCGUCAAAAAAAUAUAGCUCAAAAUUUGUUUGAAAAAAACGUGACUAAGAAGGGAAAAAAAGAGAAGCUUUUUGCGCUCCUUUUUUGAAACUGCGAAAAGAUAUAUUUCUUUUUGAAGCCUUGUAGACGAAAUUGAAUGGUUUCUAUGUAUAAACCUAUUUUCUUUUAAUAAAGAAGGAAAGUCUUCAAAUUUGAGUUCUCGAAAUCGGAAGAAUCUGUGCGCGAGAAGGAAAAGAAGGAGAGACGUGAACGUCGACGCGAAGAAGACAGUGCUGAGAUAGUCUUCGGCGGCGAAGGCAUGGAUGAGAAAUUGGCCCGGCAAGAUGCCUCUCGAUCCGCUCUUUUGCACAUUCUCACCAUUUAA